AUGUUUGUGACGCGACUCGUGCCCCGCGUGGCCCGCGCCGGCGCCGUCCAUGCCCGGCCGCUGCAUGCUUGGAAGACGUCUGCACCCAUGGCCUUGGCGCGCCCAAUGCACUUUGCGAACCCAAUUCUCCGCUUUUGCAGCAGUGGCAGCGCCAUCAAGCCCAGCGCCGUCGCCAAGCCGACCAGCUUUGGCCGCUUCAAGGACCUCUGGAAGCAGUAUGGCCUUGUGGCCGUGGGCACGUACUUGACGAUCUAUGGCAUUGUUCUCGGCUCCAUGUACGCGGCGAUCGAAACGGGCGUCCUCUCGACGAAGAAGGAAGUUCCGCGCAAGGAGGGCGACGCGGCCUCGCCCGACGACGAGUCGUCGCUCAACAUUCUCACGGCGACGAACCGCAUGAUGGAUUGGACCAACGCCAUUGGCCUUGGUCAGUACCUCGACAUCCCCGAGGUCAACUCGAAGACGAGUGCGUUCUUGAUCGCUUGGGUCGCGACCAAGUUUACCGAGCCGCUGCGCUUCGCUGUCACGCUCAUGGUCACGCCCCGCGUGGCUCGUAUUAUCCGCCGCUACCGCGCUUGA